AUGCCCUCUGACUCCCUGGAAGGCUGUUUGGUUGGUGGCCGCCUGCAUGAAGGCAUGACCAUGCGCUCACCACAUGUGAACUCUCCAGUAGCAGACAUGGCGAUCCAAUUCAAGCCAAGAAUCCUGCACAACACCACAUGCAAAAAGGAGGGCUAUUUGGUACCGAUUGGAGUCCCGGCUUUCUACUACAAGUUUCAAAUCAAUCUCUUUGCUCGAUUCUCUCAGGAGAGAUGGAAUUUGAUGUAUCCCAGCGGUGACCAGAGACCUGCUUCUUGUGAUGUGCAUUGCUGGUGGGAGCAGCAUCCGGAAUGCAAUGCUUUCUUGUCCUGGCAGCCCGAUGCAUCCCUUCGAGAAGAAUAUCCCAACCGCUCGACGCGUUCGACGCUUUCAACGCCAGCAGCGAAGAAUGCGAGAGCGAAGGCAAAGUUCUUGGAGAAAGCGAGGAACGAGGUCAUGCCAACACCCACCGUUGAGGGAGCUGCUGUGCCCGUGAUUGGGAUUGGGACGGGAUGCACCUAUAGUCAGUGGAGUCUUUGGGGUCAUUGCACCCGACUGAAUGCCACUACACGUGAAGGGAUCCAGAACCGCACACGACAUGUGCAGUGUCGUGGAAUUCGCUCGACCGAGACCGAGUUUAGCAAUUGCACCAAGUUCCCAGUAGCCUGCCGCACACAGAAGGAGCUGGAAGUCCUGGCCGAGCGUUAUGAACCCUGGGGACAAUAUUCAGAUCAAUGGGGGCUUUACGAAGGAAGAUGGGGUUUCAACCCAUAUCCUGUCAAAGUUGAGGGUGUGCUGGUGGACAGUGCUGAAAACUGCGGUGUCUGCUAUGAGUCAACAAUCGAAUUCUUGCAAGGGUGUUUGGUGGGAGAGCGAAGUUCUAUCAUCAACGGCAAACCCAACUGGCCUUACAAGAACUCCCCUGUUGUAGAUAUGGCCAUCCAAGACAAGCCCACAAUCAUGCGCAAUGUCACUUGCAAGGAGCUCGGCUACCCAAUUCCCAUCGGGAAUCCAGCAUUCUACUACAAGUUUCAGCUAAACCUUUUUGGACGGCUUUCUUUGGACGAAUGGGCUCUGAUGUACCCCGCUGGUGACCAACGCGUCAUUGCAGAUCCUGUCCAGGAUUGGUGGGACAACGUUCCAGAAUGCCGUCGGUACUUCAGGGCAGUGCCCAUGGGCCCACGCUAUGUUCAGCCUUAG